CUAAAAUGGCCGAAGGUGGUGUAGUCGAGAUGUCGGAAGACACCGAAAAAAUCCCCGAUUGUGCUAAACAAAAGUCAGAAAUCGCAAGUUUGAUGAAGAAAACUCUCAAGAAAGGAGACACUUGGUACCUGUUGGACACUAAGUGGUACAAACAGUGGAAGAAGUAUGUCGGGUAUGAUAGCUGGGACUCGUUCAGUGUCGGAGAACAGAAUUCGCACCCAGGACCAAUGGACAACUGUCCACUUGUCAAAGAGGAGGAAGGGGGUCUGAAACCACAUCUGAUAGAGGAGCUGGACUACAUGCUUCUACCAGAGGAGGCUUGGGACAAAAUGCUUGCCUGGUAUGGUUUAGCAAAGGAACAGGAAUCCAUAUGUCGUGGUGUUAUUGAGCAGGGAACAUUUGUAAAACACUUCAAGGUGGAGGUGUACCUGCUGGAUGUAAAACUGUGUCGGAACUCUGACCUGGAAACUGUGAUAACCAAACAAUUUAGUAGAGUCGCUACAAUAGAAAAUAUUGAGAAGGAAAUGAGAAAUACGUUUGAAAUCCCGGAGGAGAAGGAAGUGAGGUUAUGGAAUAAGUACAUGGCCAGUACAUAUGAGCAUCUAAACAAACCGGAGCACACACUACAGGAAGCUGGACUCUACACAGGACAGACGAUUGUGAUAGAGGAGAAGAAUGAAGAUGGGACUUGGCCAAGACAGGCUAAAAGUACCAGUACUUACACGUCAACCUCUACUAGUACAAACUCGAGAUCCAAUAGUGUAGGGAGUUCCAGUCAUGAGUCGAGUUCUGGCUACGGUGGGAGUGGAGGGACCUCAUACAACAGUUAUUACAACAGCUCCAGUAGCUACGAACCAGGGCGGGGCCAUGCCACCCCAGGGCUGUGUGGGCUAGCCAAUUUAGGCAACACUUGCUUCAUGAACUCUGCCCUACAGUGUAUGAGUAAUGUGCCUAUGCUGACCCAGUACUUUCUCAAUGAUGAAUGGGUGGAUGAAGUGAAUGAGGACAAUCCUCUGGGCAUGAGAGGUGAAAUUGCUCGUUCAUUUGCAGAGCUUGUCAAAACACUCUGGUCUGGCAAGUACAGCUACACAGCUCCACGGAACUUCAAGUACGCAGUGGGCAGAUUUGCGCCGCAGUUCUCUGGUUUCCAACAACAGGACUCACAAGAGCUGAUGGCAUUUCUACUGGAUGGCCUUCACGAAGACCUGAACAGGAUCCGUCAAAAACCCUAUAUAGAGAUGAAAGACAAUGACGAGCGGCCAGAUACGGAUGUAGCGAAGGAAUCGUGGGAAAACUACAGGAAGAGGAACGAUUCUGUGAUAGUAGAUACUUUUCACGGACUUCUAAAGUCCACUGUACAUUGUCCUGAGUGUGCUAAAAUUUCUGUAACUUUUGACCCCUUCUGUUACCUCUCUUUACCACUCCCAAUCAAAAAGGAGCGACAGCUGGAAGUGUUCUGGGUCCCUCUUAACCCCCAGAAGAAACCUGUACAGUUCAAACUAACCGUGCCAAAAAUGGGAACUGUACUGGAUUUGUGCAAUGCACUAUCAAAUCAUGUGCAGGCUGAUCCAGACAAAAUGGCAGUAACAGAUGUGUAUAGUCAUAGGUUCCAUAAAGUUUUCUCUCAUGAUGACACGCUCAACAAUAUACUAGACAGGGAUGAUAUAUUUGUAUAUGAAGUCCCUGUAGCUUGGGAUGACCCAGACACGGUCAUUGUGCCCAUAUACAUGAGAGAGAAGAGAGUGAAGAACCAGUAUUCUAGUUACCAGAUGUCUACGUACCAGCUGUUCGGUCAGCCCCUCCUCCUUCCUGUCCCACGACGGGAAUGCACCUACCAGGUCCUGUACAACCAGCUCCUACAGAGGGUCUCGCGGUAUGUGAAGGUUCCAGAGAAUGCAGGUAGUUGGUGGAAGGACGAGGAGGAGCAGGACGGACAAAUGUCAGACUGUAACAAAGGAAAGGAUAACAAACAAGUCAACAGUGAUGAGGAGAUCACAAAAGAAAAUGGGAUGGCUGUGGAAAACAAACAGAAGCAAGUCAAUGGAGAAGCUAAUGAAAUGGAAAUAUCUGCUGCGAAUGGGAACAAAGAAAGUGAAACGGAUGAUAAACAAACAAUUAGCAGUGAAAACACAGACACAAGUGCUGUUGCUAACAUAGAACCACCGCCAUUGUUUAAAUUUAGGAUGGUAAAUUCUUAUGGAAGUGCAGAAAUAGACCACAAAUUGAAAAAUGACGGAAAUCCUCUACGUUUGCAUAAUCGUACACAUAUAGCCGUGGACUGGCACCCUCUAGCAAAGGACAAAUUCUAUGAUGAACAGGCAGCAGAGGACUUGGAGCAGCAUGAGUCUGUGAAACAGAGGCUGCAGAGGAAACAGGUGCUACAACUGGACGACUGUCUGGAGCUCUUUACACGUAUUGAACAGCUGGGUGAAAAUGACCUCUGGUAUUGUCCACAAUGUAAAAAGCACCAACAAGCUACAAAGAAAUUUGACCUGUGGUCAUUGCCAGAUGUGCUCAUCAUUCACCUGAAGAGGUUCUCCUACAACCGUUACUACCGUGACAAGAUUGACACGCUCAUUGAGUUCCCUUACAACGGGUUAAAUCUGAAAAAAUACAUAAUCAACAAAGAUGAUGGGACCAUGACCUACGACCUGAUCGCGGUCACCAAUCAUUAUGGAGGAUUGGGCGGUGGUCACUACACAGCCUAUGGGAAAAGUGUAGAUGAUAAUGAGUGGCACUAUUUUGACGAUUCCAGUGUGUCGUCCGCCUCGGAGGAGGAUGUUACGUCUAAGGCUGCCUACGUCCUUGUGUAUCAGAAGCAAGGGACAAACCCCAAACCAGCCAAGUGUAAUAGGACUUCUCACGCUGCUGGAGGGGCCAUGGAAAACAGCAUCAACAGUCUCAGUGAUGAGGAGAUGGAAACCACAUAGAACAUUGCUUUACCUUGAAGGUGUUGACCUUGGGAUUUGACCUUAAAAGGUGACCUUGACAUUUGAUCUAGGGAUGCAAAUGAUAGGGUUGACCUUGGAUGUGAUAGGAUACUAGUGUCCACAGUUGUACAAAAAGGAACUGAGAAACCAACAUGGACAAAAAAGGGAGUACACAACAUUGACAGGCAGCACAGACAAUAUCCCUGUGAGUGGAAGUCGUACAGCGGGUUGGUUGUUCUUACAUAGACUUUAUAAAGACAAUAAGUGAGGAAACAUAGUGUUCCACCCUAGCCUGAUUAAUGGAGCUGAUGUGUGUUACAGGUGUGUGAUCAGAAUAAAGAGUGGUGUUUACUUCUAUUGAACUAUAGAAUGUUGUAUUUCAUAGAUUCUGUGCCCAUACAGAUGGGACUAACAACAGGUUCCCACUGUGUGAUUAGGAUGAUUGAAAUACCUUGUAAUAGAGAGUUCCACAUGCAAGCAGGUCAUGUAUAUCCUCAAUAAAUAUUUGAUCCACUUUAAAAAUGUUCACCUGUUCAGUUUUUAUGAGGACAGUCCAUGUGUGUCUUGGUGAAUAUAACAUGUAUCUGUCCUAUUAAGUGCAGCCAUUGUCUUUUCUGGCAAGACUGUGUCUGUCCUAUUGAGGACAACCCUAGUUUGUCCUACUUUGUUUCCUUCUGAAGACAACCCUUACAUGUCCUGCUGUGGCAAGUCUGGCCUAGUAAGGACAACCUUAAAUGUCCUACUGUGGCAAGUCUGGCCUAGUAAAGACAUCCUUAAAUGUCCUACUGUGGCAAGUCUGGCCUAGUAAGGACAACCUUAAAUGUCCUACUGUGGCAAGUCUGGCCUAGUAAGGACAACCCUUACGUGUCCCACUGUGUCUAGCCUGUAUCUGCCCUUUUGAAAACCAGUGUUGCCCUUUGUUAUGUACCGAGUGGGGUAAACAGAUAUAUGCUAAAAGAGUGUUGAUAUGUUGACUGAUGUACUAGAAAUUAUAUAGUUAUUCCAUGUUUUACUUGUGGAUAGAACACCUUCAUGUACUCUGUAUUAUAUACAAUAAGUUUAUGUAUUGUGUAAAUAUGUUGGAUCCUAUGUACAUAUUUGAAUAAACACUUGAUUGUAUCAUAUUGGUACAUGUAUGGGGUGGUAACCAAUAAAAUUGAAGUUACUUAUCAUUUUCUUAUGACAAUUCCUUAUAAUAAUUGAGCAUUUCAGAAUUAACCAUAUUGGAGGGCUUGGAGGCACUUUUUAGAGGCCCCGCAUGCCAUUGAAUAUCAGAACUGAUUUAUAUUAAGAAUGGUGGGCAGAUUUUGAACUAACCCCAUUGUUAUUUAGUGAUACAAGUGAUGCUGACCUCCCUGCUAUUGUUAUUUAGUGAUACAGGUGAUACUGACCUCCCUACUAUUGUUAUUUAGUGAUACAGGUGAUGCUGACCUCCCUGCUAUUGUUAUUUAGUGAUACAGGUGAUACUGACCUCCCUGCUAUUGUUAUUUAGUGAUACAGGUGAUGCUGACCUCCCUGCUAUUGUUAUUUAGUGAUACAGGUGAUGCUGACCUCCCUGCUAUUGUUAUUUAGUGAUACAGGUGAUGCUGACCUCCCUGCUAUUGUUAUUUAGUGAUACAGGUGAUGCUGACCUCCCUGCUAUUGUUAUUUAGUGAUACAGGUGAUGCUGACCUCCCUGCUAUUGUUAUUUAGUGAUACAGGUGAUGCUGACCUCCCUGCUAUUGUUAUUUAGUGAUACAGGUGAUGCUGACCUCCCUGCUAUUGUUAUUUAGUGAUACAGGUGAUGCUGACCUCCCUGCUAUUGUUAUUUAGUGAUACAGGUGAUGCUGACCUCCCUGCUAUUGUUAUUUAGUGAUACAGGUGAUGCUGACCUCCCUGCUAUUGUUAUUUAGUGAUACAGGUGAUGCUGACCUCCCUGCUAUUGUUAUUUAGUGAUACAGGUGAUGCUGACCUCCCUGCUAUUGUUAUUUAGUGAUACAGGUGAUGCUGACCUCCCUGCUAUUGUUAUUUAGUGAUACAGGUGAUGCUGACCUCCCUGCUAUUGUUAUUUAGUGAUACAGGUGAUGCUGACCUCCCUGCUAUUGUUAUUUAGUGAUACAGGUGAUGCUGACCUCCCUGCUAUUGUUAUUUAGUGAUACAGGUGAUGCUGACCUCCCUGCUAUUGUUAUUUAGUGAUACAGGUGAUGCUGACCUCCCUGCUAUUGUUAUUUAGUGAUACAGGUGAUGCUGACCUCCCUGCUAUUGUUAUUUAGUGAUACAGGUGAUGCUGACCUCCCUGCUAUUGUUAUUUAGUGAUACAGGUGAUGCUGACCUCCCUGCUAUUGUUAUUUAGUGAUACAGGUGAUGCUGACCUCCCUGCUAUUGUUAUUUAGUGAUACAGGUGAUGCUGACCUCCCUGCUAUUGUUAUUUAGUGAUACAGGUGAUGCUGACCUCCCUGCUAUUGUUAUUUAGUGAUACAGGUGAUGCUGACCUCCCUGCUAUUGUUAUUUAGUGAUACAGGUGAUGCUGACCUCCCUGCUAUUGUUAUUUAGUGAUACAGGUGAUGCUGACCUCCCUGCUAUUGUUAUUUAGUGAUACAGGUGAUGCUGACCUCCCUGCUAUUGUUAUUUAGUGAUACAGGUGAUACUGACCUCCCUACUAUUGUUAUUUAGUGAUACAGGUGAUGCUGACCUCCCUGCUAUUGCUUAUACUUAAAUAUCCCUUACUGUCAUACUCUUGUUUUUCAAAAUGAUGUCCAUUUAAAAUGUGGAGGUUUUCGUUCAAAGAGGAUGAAAACAAGUUUGCCCCAAUAUUAUAACAUAAUCAUCAAACCUAAACAAUGCGGUCAGAAACUCUAGGUUAGAUGUUAAUACCAGGAAUUAUAUAGGGUUAAAUCAGUUUGACAGAUUUGAUCAGUGUAUGAAUUAAAGUUGUAUACAGGGCAAAUGUUUACCAGUAUAACCUGAUAGGUAAGUUAUGAUAGCUGUCUUGAAUAGACAUAGAAGUUUGUAAAGAUGGUAUGUACCCUUUAUAAUGAGGUCUGUAUAGACAGCAAUAAGUCAGUUACAGACAAGGUGUGACCUCUACGGAAACAAAACUGUUCCUUACAACACUAGCUGGAUAGAGGAACAGCUGAAAUAGUGGAGGCUGGAUAAAUGUGGUUUUGUUGUAUGUAGGGUGACGAUCCGUGGAGGCUGGAUUAACGUGGUUUUGUUGUAUGGAGGCUAAAGAUUGGUUAAUCCUACAAGUUUGUAUGUAUGUCGGGUCACUCAUCUGUUGGGGUUAUACUGUGUCUGUGACUGUCUGCUUGUUGGGGUUAUACUGUGUCUGUGACUGUCUGCUUGUUGGGGUUAUACCGUGUCUGUGACUGUCUGCUUGUUGGGGUUAUACUGUGUCAGUGACUGUCUGCUUGUUACAUUUAAUUUAUUAAUAUUUGUUUUCUGACAGUGGUUUGUAUUUUUGUUUUCAUCAAUAAAAGACAGAUCUGCCAUUAUUUAGACGCCACAUGAAAUAAUAACAUGCCAGAUAAGAAACAGUUGAAUCCGGUUAGUUCAGAGAAUAUUUUUCAAUCAAAGUCCGUUGUAACUGAGUUCAGAUUAGUACACUUCCCAGGAUUAACAACAGUACUGGAUUGCUAAUACAGGCUCUGUAUCA